CUCCUUCUAUGACCUUGUUUUGUUCUUUCAGCCCCUGAAGUGUUGGCUCAGAAACCCUACAGCAAAGCAGUGGACUGCUGGUCUAUUGGUGUCAUAGCGUAUAUUCUGUUGUGUGGUUACCCUCCGUUCUACGAUGAAAACGAUGCCAAACUGUUUGAACAGAUCCUGAAGGCAGAAUAUGAGUUUGACUCUCCGUACUGGGAUGAUAUCUCUGAUUCAGCUAAAGACUUUAUAGUCCACCUGAUGGCGAAAGACCCCAACUCACGUAACACCUGUGAUCAGGCUCUGCAGCACCCCUGGAUUGCUGGGGAUACUGCUCUGGAAAAGAACAUCCAUGAGUCUGUCAGUGCUCAGAUCAAGAAGAAUUUUGCUAAAAGCAAGUGGAAGCAAGCAUUCAACGCCACCGCAGUGGUCCGUCACAUGAGGCGUCUCCAGCUGGGCACCAGUCACGAGGGAGCCAACCUCGUCCAACCAGAGGAAGACGCAGAGGCCUGCUGCGAGGGAGGGUGCUCCCCGAACGUCGACGGAGGAGCCGCCCCUCUGUCCAACUGCACCUACCGUUGCCACCCGACCAGCAGGGUGUGAUCCCUGCGCCUGCUCCACUCACUUGCCUGAUCAAUCCCAGUGACUUUCCAAUUUUAACCCCCUCGGUGGAACCGGAGGCACCAUCUCCCCCCUUAUCUGGUUAGGAAUACAGCGUCAUUCCAACCUCACGCCUGCAGGGGGAGCAAGCCUGUCCAGCCUGAGAAGGAAGACCUAAAAAUGGGAUGAGAGGAGGAGUAGGGAGACUUGAUGAUGAUGAUGAUGAUGAUGAUGAUACACCGGAGGAUUACUUUUACAGACUGGGCUGGUAGUUUGGGGAUGAGUUGAAAUGGGGAGAGGAUACAAAGGAAGGAGGGGGAGAUAACCUCCUCCACCAGCAUGUCAGGGGGGAUUGUUUUUGCCGAAGCAGGACAGAGCUUGUUGGACACUGUUUUUACUCAUGAUUUUUUUGUUAUUUAACCUGUCUCUUUGUUUGUUUUAUUGUUUAUUGUUUUAUAUAUUUUUUGUCUUUUUAACCUCCUACUGUGGAGUGUAAAUCCAGAGACAAUAUCUGCAUGAUCAGGAGAGAGUUUCCCCCGUGCAUGUCUUUGUUAUCUUAGAAAUAUACCCUGUUGCACAAAUGCAGUAUCGCAGUCCGAUGCAAAAGAUGGAGUGAAAGUUGUUUAAGGUGGAAAAGGCAUAGAGCAUUUUGAUAAGAUGCAGUAUUUGAAAUGAAAUUUGGUCAAAUCUUCUGCAUUCUUUAAGUCGUGCUUUUAGACAAUCAGCAACAGAAUAGUUUAUGCAAUGAAAACUCCAUCUAUCUACUAUGUAGCCCCUCCUGUGGCGAUAUAGUGUUUCCAUUUAGCUGUUAGGCUUUUUGAGAGGCUUCUCCCUUCUCUUUUUUCAACCCUGAACCCCUUUAACCACUCGAGCACAGGGAUAUAUCUUUGUCUAAGGUGCCUUUAGGAUGAUGAGUUUAUUUUCGGGUAGCUUCUGAAAUGUUUCUUGCAGCACAGACUUUUUGUAUGUAUCACAUUUUAAGCUUUAAAAUGCAGUUUUAAUGCUUUUUGUCUCAAAGUUAAAUACUGUAAUGUCGCACAGAAGGGAGGCUUGCGUACACACUGCACAUUGCCAUUAUAAUCUAAGUGAAAAUAACUUCAAUGUGAAACAAUAAUAUUGUUAAAAAUGUUCUGGAGAGCUUCACCAGGAGAAAAUACAUGUUUUUCAGAAAUAUUAUUAAUAUUUUGCCAGAUCCCUCAAUGAUACAUAUUAAAGAACUGUAAUCAUGUAUUUCAAUGCAAAUCCUACAGUUCAUUUUGUGCAAAAAAAAGCAUCGAUCAGUGUGCUUAGCCAUACUCAAGAACAGGCUGAAUUCGUAGGAUUAAGUAGGUUGUUUGAAUGCAAAAUGAAAAAAACUGCAACCAAAAUUGAAUAUGCAUCUGUCACCAUGUACCGUCAUUACAAUCUUCUGACAUUCAUUCACAGGCACAUGUCCUCCACAUGCAGCCUGUUUUAGAAAGGAACCCCGGAUUAAAGAAUGUGAAUAUGCAUCAGAUUGACUCACUUCAUCUUUACUGUACGUCCAUCGGUGCUUUUUAUGUUUGCGUGUGCAUGAAGAGUACGUACUCUGUAUUCAUUACUCAUUCAUCCAACUCUUUUUAAAAAACAUGCAUAGACAAACUUACAGCAGUGUUCUGGCUCUUUUACGAUGUAAACUGUUGGGAGGAGAAUGGUGAAGACGAGCUUAAUGUACUUCAUUUUGGGGCCUGUUACAGUCAGGAACUCAGAGAUCUCCACUAAGGCAGUGAGAGUGAUGCUGAGAUCUUCCACUGACGUGAGCUUCAUCCAUCCUCUGAUCACUCCAGGAUCACAGUUUCUUUUUAACCGUUUUCAUUGUCUCUCUGAUACAAUACUAUAUUUGGUACUGAUGUGAUUUGCAUGAUGUGGUUCGAAAUGUGUCAAUACCAUGAUCAACAAUGAAAAGUGUAUAAUGUAACAGUUGCCAUGAGAUGCUUGGAAAAGGAGAGAUUUUAACUCUUUUAAUUCUCUUCAAACGUUUGUAAUGCAGAUGAGUAAAGAGCAUCAAAAGUAACGUUCAACAGGUCAAAACAAGUUCAAUGUGCUGCUUCAAAAUUUUUAAGCUUUAUUCUGCAUUCCUAUUGGAUAGGCGUUGUCGUGUAUUUGGACAAGUAAUGUAACUGGUGACUCCAAACUGUAAAGCGUAGUUAAAAGAGUGAUUUAUUUCUCUGGGAUUUUUCAGUGUGAACUGUUCGUACUUCAUGAAUUACUGUGACAGAGGGAGAGCCAAACAAGCGCAGGAAAAUGAGGCUGUUGUCCACAGUCUUAUUAUGUUGGCAGACUGACAAUAUCACAAUUAAUCUCCUGAUAAUAACUCUGCUAAUUUGACACACAGCCACAAACACUGUCAUUAAUCUCCUGCCAUCCGAUUUAGCUCCUGUAAUUUGCCUACUGAUGAUGAUUAAUGUUAUGUUAUUACAAUAUACAAAGUUUUUUUUUACAAACUCCGGCUCCUUUUUGGUUCAGCACACUCAAUCCUAAGACUAAUCAAAUUAAAAGGUUUCCUACAAACCGUAAAUGCAAAAUACAUUUCAAGGAAAUGAGGGUUGAACAAACAAACCUAACAAAACAAAAAAAAAGAACCUGGAAACGGAAAACUAAAGAUUUUUACAUUCCAGUGCAAUGAAACAAUUAACGAUGAAAUAUAUAACCAAGUAGGCUAAUAUCCCAUUACCUCACCACCCGACCACAUCUGUAGGAAAAUAGCAGGAGUGAUAUGACAUACAUAGAUUAUUUCAUCCGUGGUAUUUUACAGUGAAGGAAAGAGAUGAUUUGUGUGAAGGUUUUCGCUCAUUAACCGCUUAUAGAGAAUGACCAAUGUGUGAUUUUGUUGUAUGAGUAUUUGUACCAUAAAUAUGUUGCCUUUUAAGAAAUGCUGUUUUGGGCUACAGUACCUACUGUAUACAUAGAUGCAAUGCAUCAUGGGUUGUUGAAAAGUGACUAUACUGCUCGGUGUGAAAGCCAGUGACUUGUGCUUGAAACAGAUUUGUCAGUGAAACAGACAUUAAAAUUAAAAAUCCCUGUCUAUGCAUUAUGAA